AUGAUCUCUGCGAAGGACAAGCCAAAGCCCCCCAAAGACAGCAUGACACUCCUUCCCUGCUUCUAUUUUGUUGAGCUGCCCAUCGUGGCUUCCUCCAUCGUGACACUCUAUUUCCUGGAGCUGACAGACCUCUUCAAGCCAGCCAAGGUGGGCUUCCAGUGUUACGACCGGGCGCUCUCCAUGCCCUACGUGGAGACCAACGAGGAGAUGAUCCCUCUGCUGAUGUUGCUCAGCCUGGCCUUUGCCGCCCCUGCAGCCUCUAUCAUGGUGGGCGAAGGCAUCGUGUAUUGCUUACAGUCUAAGGUGAAAGGCCGUGGCAGCACCGAAGGGAGCAUUAAUGCCGGCGGGUGCAACUUCAACUCCUUCCUCCGCAGGACGGUCAGGUUUGUGGGUGUCCACGUGUUUGGCCUCUGUGCCACGGCCCUCGUGACGGACGUGAUCCAGCUGGCCACAGGCUAUCAUGCCCCCUUCUUCUUGACGGUCUGUAAGCCCAACUACACUCUCCUGGGCAUCUCCUGUGACCUCAAUCCCUACAUCACCCAGGACAUCUGUUCAGGGCAAGAUCAACACGCCAUCCUUUCGGCCAGGAAAACGUUCCCGUCUCAGCAUGCCACCUUGUCUGCCUUUGCCGCUGUCUACGUCUCGAUGUACUUCAAUUCCAUCAUCUCUGACAGCACCAAACUGCUCAAGCCCAUAUUGGUCUUUGCUUUCGCCAUCGCAGCCGGCAUCUGUGGCUUGACGCAAAUCACCCAGUACCGCAGCCACCCCGUCGAUGUUUAUGUGGGCUUCCUGAUUGGCUCUGGCAUCGCAGCGUACUUGGCGUACCAUGCAGUGGGCAACUUCCGAGCGCCAACUGAGAAGACCCCCUCCAACCCUCCUGCCAAGGACGCCCUGAGAGCCCUCACCCAGCGGGGCCAUGACUCUGUGUACCACCAAAACAAGUCUGUCAGCACCGAUGAGCUCAACCCCCAGACCCGCCUGGAGGGAAUAAACCGACAGGUUCAGCGAGAGAAAAACUCGCUGGGCAGCUUAAAGCGAGCGAGUGUCGACGUGGACCUCUUGGCUCCUCGUAGCCCCAUGGGGAAGGAAAACAUGGUCACCUUCAGCAACACUUUGCCACGGGUCAACACCCCUUCCAUGGAUGACCCUGCCCGUCGCCACAUGACCAUCCACGUCCCUGUGGAUGCCUCCCGGUCUAAACAACUGAUCACCGAAUGGAAGCAAAAAUCGAUGGAAGGCCGAGGCAUGACCUUGGCAGAGGAGGUUGCCAGACGAGUUGGCUCAGAUUGCUUGGUUGGAGAAGAGGAGGACCACAUCCCACCGUCCUUGUACCCCACCGUGCAGGCCCGGACUGCUGAGCGCGCCUCGAUGGGUCCUCGAGUCCUCAUUCAGCCGAGACCGGGGGCCACUCAGCUAGUCCAUAUCCCAGAGGAAAGCCAAGCCAAUGCUGGCGCUAACAUGUCACCCAAAAGCAGCUCGGCGGUGAGGGCAAAAUGGAUGAUGAUGGCAGAGAAAGGGACAGCCCAACGGGUGGCCAACCCACCGCGCCUCAUGCAGGUCAUCGCAAUGUCGAAGCAACCGGGGAUGGUGUCAGUGACACCCAAGCACUCGGAGACCUCAUCCUCUUCCACCAGCUCCGAUUCCUCCCAGUACCGCUCUCCGUCGGAAAGAGACAGUUCCAGCGUUGUCACCAUCGACGCCCAUGCCCCACAUCAUCCCGUGGUACAUUUAUCUUCUGGGAAUGGGCCUUGGGAAUGGAAGGCUACCCAUAAAACAUCAGAUGGCCAAGACACUUAUGAGCUCAAUGAGAUGGGCAAAGAUUACCGUGGGUUCCGCCCGGCCAAGAGCGCUGGUGUGUCGCCUGGCUCGUCUGUCAGUGACAUCGAACAGGACGAGCCACGCUACGGCAGCGUGGCCACCAUCAAUGUGGCAGCAGGCGUAGGGGGAGGCAUGGCAGUGGUUUCAGCAGAGACUAGCCCCGCGGAAAAUAUGCUCGGGGCUGCCAGCCGAGAGUCAACACUACGGAGGAAGCCAACCAGCCUGACGGUGGGAGAGAAGGACGGGCAAAUGGAGGAGACUGAAAACUUCUAUAAGAAGAUGCAAGCCAACCGGAGAUUUAAGGAAUAGCCUUAAGCUCCCUCCUGUGCCAAAAUGGGAUGGAAAGUAUUUUUUUUUCUUUCUUCAAACAGGAAAUUAAUUUAGGAUGGUGGCUGUUCAUGACGACCACCUUCAAAAACGAAAGAAAUCAGCUUCCCAAAAAUUGUACAGUGGGUUGGAUCCAAUGUCAACAUUUGUGAAAUUACAGAAAUCUCCUAGAUGGAGCAAACUUCUGGGACAAUGUUGUGUUUUAACCAAGAAAUUGCCCACCCCUUUUCUGGAUUAUCAUAACUUCCUCU